AUGAAGGUAGAGCGCGACCUCCACAUGAGCCGGGGCGACGGCGAGGACAGCUACGCCUCCAACUCCAGGCUUCAGGAGAAGUCCAUACUGAAGACGAGGCCGGUGCUGCACAAGGCCGUGGCGGCGGCGCACGCGUCGUCGCUCUCCUCCGGCGGCGGUGCCAUGGUCGUCGCGGACCUCGGCUGCUCGUCGGGGCCCAACACGCUGCUCGUCGUCUCCGAGGUGCUCGGAGCGGUCGCCGACCGACGAGAGGAUGGCGAUGGCCGCCGCCGGCUGCAGCCAGCCCCCGGCGACGCACGUGCAGUUCUUCCUGAACGAGGGAGAAGAGAACAGAGCAGAGCAGACCUCUUUGAAGUGGGACUGAAGAGCCUGCGCGAGGAGGCCCCACAUGUAGCUGACCUCGCCACGGAGCACGUCCUUGUUCUUCCUGCCGAGGAACGCCAGCACCAUCUGGCCGUCGGACACGAGCUCCCUGUGGCGCAGCCUGAGGAACAGCGAGAAGUCCUCCUGGAACUGCCGCCGGUACAGCGCCACCACCGCCGGCGGCGUGGUCUCCCAGAUGUACAUGUUGCCCUCGUUGAGGACGGCGCCACCCGCGAGCUCCUCGGGGACCUUGGAGCGCCACAUGAGGCAGUAGGAGGAGUGGAAGAGGUGCACGCAGCGGUCCGGGAACAGCCGGGUGUAGAAGGAGCCCGACUUCAACCUCGUGUUCCAGUCGCUGGAGCUGUUCAAGAAGAUGGCCGUCAAGGACAAGGGGACGCGCUGCCGCCGUACUACGUCGCCGGGCUGCCGGGCUCCUUCUACACCCGGCUGUUCCCGGACCGCUGCAUGCACCUCUUCCACUCCUCCUACUGCCUCAUGUGGCGCUCCAAGGUCCCCGACGAGCUCGCGGGUGGCGCCGUCCUCAACGAGGGCAACAUGCUGCGCCACAGGGAGCUCGUGUCCGGCGGCCAGAUGGUGCUGGCGUUCCUCGGCAGGAAGAAUAAGGACGUGCUCCGUGGCGAGGUCAGCUACAUGUGGGGCCUCCUCGCGCAGGCUCUUCAGUCCCUCUUCAAAGAGGGCCGUGUGGAGAAGGAGAAGCUGGACUCCUUCAACCUGCCGUUCUACGCGCCGUCGGUGGACGAAGUGAGGGACGUGAUCAGGCAGAGCCAGGCGUUCGACGUCACCCACAUCCAGCUCUUCGAGUCCAACUGGAAUCCGCACGACAACAUGGAGGACGACGGCGGCGACCUCGUGCUCGACGUUUUCCAGAGCGGCGUCAACGUCGCCAAGUCCAUCAGGGCCGUGAUCGGGCCCCUCAUCGCGCACCACUUCGGCGAGCACGUACUCGACGAUCUCUUCGAGCUGUAUGCCAAGAGUGUCGCGGUGCACCUUCAGAAAGUGAAGACCAAGUACCCUGUCAUCGUCGUUUCCCUCGAGGCAAUUAGUCGCGCUCGCGCGCCAAAGAACCAAGCUAAUGACAAGUAUUAUUCAGGUUUCACACAUGGCCAGUUUAUGUAG